AUGUAUUAUCUUUUUAAUAUAGUUUUACUAACUUUAGCAACUACCUGUUUUUCAAGAAAAAGUUCUUCUUCUAGUUUUAUUACUUUCUCUGCUGCUGCUCCUGCUGAUGACAAAAAAAACGGAAAACCUUAUUCAUUAUUAAGUUCUAGAAGUAGUAGCGAUGAAAGUGAUCAUAGUGACGAAUCAUCAUUUACUCAUAAAAUUUCACAUCAUAUUAUUUCAUUACCAGAUUCUGACGAACAUGACCUUAUCAUUCCUCGCCGUCAUAGACCAAGACAUUGGAAGAUAGAAAGUUCUGAAAACAGUGACGAUCAUUCUUAUGAUAUUGUUUUGCCUAGACAUUUCUUCCCAUUACAUAAACCAAGAUAUGAAGAUCACGAUCUCCCUUCUUUUUUCAAACCAAUAAGAAGAUGCAGUCGUUCAUCACGUUUAUCACCAUUAAAACAAUUAUUAGAAAAUUUACUAUAUGGCGAUCAUUAUCCUUCAGAAUUUGAAAUACCUGAAAGAAAUAACAAAUUAAAAAUUGAAGUAGUUAUUAAAAAACCACAUGAAAGAAUACAUAGUCAUUCCGACGAAUCUUUUGUUUCAAGUGAACAUGUUGAUAGAAGAGGAAGAAGAGGUAGACAUGAACAUAAAGAUUUAUUUGAAACUGAAGAAACUGAUGAAGGCUCUACAGAAGAAUAUCCUUCUAAUCGCAGAAGUUAUAUGAUACCUUUUAGAGCCAAACAUUUAGGAAAAGAUACUUUAUUAGGUAGAACCGGUCCUGCUAUUGUGCCUUUAGUAGGUCGUGGUCAACACAGUGGUAGAGGUAGUAGUAGAGGUAGUGGUAGAGGUCGUGGUAGAGGUUCUGGUAAAAAUUCAGGUAAAAAUAAAAACAAAAAAGGAAAAGAUCGUAGUGGAAAAGGCAAAGACAAGGAAGAAGGCAAAAAAAGAAAACGACUUAUUAUCAUGUUUUUUAUUAUUAAACUUUGUCUUAUACUAAUAUGGUCACACUUAUUAACUUUUGUCUCUACUGACAAUACAGGAGUUUGGUGUUAUGAUUGUAACUCAAAAAAUGAUAAAAAUUGUGUUGAUGAAUACCAAAAAUAUGAAAAUGAAUGUCCUGUUCAUAAUAUUAAUGAAAGUGUUUCAUUAACUCCUACCGGAUGUAGAAAAAUUAUUCAAAUUGUUGAUGAUGAUACAACAAUAAUCAGAGAAUGUGCCUAUUCAGGAGAAUUAAUGAAUAAUCAACUUAAUAUGGGAUCAGUUGGUGUUAAAAGAUAUAUGACUCAAUGCAAUCAAAAUUUUUGUAAUUCUUCCAACAAAAUUGUAACAAGUUGUAUUCUUUUCUUUUUAUCAAUGAUACUAUUUCUAUAUCAAAUAUUUACCUAA